AUGAAAGCAAAGUUGUCUUCCACUCUGGAUAAAAUUGAGCAUCUUGCCAUUACAACAGAUCUGUGGACAUCGCUGGCGAGCAAGUCCUUUAUCACCAUCACGUGUCAUUUUGUAGACGAAGCUUUUAUUUUACGAUCAGCAGUGCUUUCAACAAAUAUUUUGCUAGAUGAAAGCAACCAUUCAGCACAAAAUAUUACUGACACAGUGCGCUUGGUUCUGGAUAAAUGGAACAUUUACCACAAAAUUUCCGCUGUUGUCACCGACAAUGACAAAACAAUGAUUAAAAUGUGCCAAAUUAUACAAAAACGACAUCUUCCUUGCUUCGCGCAUACUCUAAACUUAAUAGUUCAAGAAGCUCUUAAGUUGGAUUGCAUUCAACCGGUCGUUGUAAAAUGUAAACGCAUCGUUACGUUUUUCAAAAAUAGCAACAUAGCAUACGCGAAGUUUAGAAAUGCACAGCAGCCAGGCAAGGUAUAUAGCCUAAAACAAGAGGUCCCCACCAGGUGGAACAGCGCCUUUAGCAAGAUUCAAAGAAUUAUUUUGACCAAUGACUCAAUUGCAAAAGUUUUACUGGGCACUCCAAAAGCACCUGCACCCCUGACAGCGGAUGAAGUUGCCAUUUUGAACGACAUUGUUAAAUUGCUGUCACCGUUUGAUAAUGCCACGGUGAAAACAUCUUCAUCAACCUCGGUCACAGUUUCGCUCAUAAUUCCAAUUGUGUGUGGACUCUUGGAUACCAUGGACGGUUUAAAGCUCAAAUUGGAAACCAAAGAAGGCUUCAAUAUGUUGGCUAUUCUAACUGACUGCAUAAAACGAAGACUGUUGGAGUAUGAAAGAUGUACAGUCACCAGAUUUGGGACUUUACUUGACCCUCGAUUCAAGAAGAAGGGCUUUCUUUCACCUCAAAAUUUGUCAGAAGCCACGAAGUUGCUGGAAAACGAUAUAACUCUUCUAAACAAAAAUGUCCAUCCAGCUAAUGAGAACACCGAGCCGCCAACUCCAACUGAAAGUCCAGGCCAUAACCAGCCACUGAUUCAGUUUCUCAGGAGGAAUAUUGCCGAAAAAAUUAGGACCGAUAGAGUGGACUCCAUUUUAAGCCUUCGCAACUAUUACGAUAGUCCAAAUCUUCAUGAAGAUUGUAAUCCUCUUGAAUACUGGCAUGUAAGCAAUUAA